AUGCCUGAAUAUAUAGGUGUAGAAUAUGCUUUAGUUGAGAUUAUUAAACACUUCAAAAAUGCCAUACCUGUACAUAAAACAAAAUAUGAAGAAUCGUAUAGUUCAAUAACAGAUUUAGAUAACUAUGUAACACCAGAUUUUACUAAUAAUAUGAUACAUGUGUGUUACAAAAAUGAAUGUGACACUGGUAGUAUCAACUGUUUAGAAUUAAAUGAAAAAGUUAAAUGUGUUCAGCUUAAUGCUCUAGCAUUUACUAAAGAUUUAAUUAACUCAGAUGGCCAUAUAAUUGUCAAAAACAGUAUAACCAGAGUUAUUUAUUCAAGCCAUGCUAGUUGUAAAGAAUUAAGAAAAAUUGUUAAAUUUUUAAAUCCAGAUAAAUUGCAUUUUAAUGUAAUCGUUAAUCAAAUGUACAAAGAGAUAUAUCAUACUUAA